AUGGCUCUAGUGAAAAUUCCAACCUCAUCCAUGAUGGACAUUGAUACACAAAUGAAACAGACAUCUCUGGUGCCUGUUAAACGAAAACGCGCAUCACCGAUAACAGCCAUGGAUGAAUACAAGGAAGAGAUGAAAUUCUAUUAUCUCGGUCUAAACUACACACUCGAGAAGGUUAGAGAAACGAUGGAAUCACAUUACAACUUCGGAGCAUCUCUCGUUCAAUAUCGUGACCGACUCAAUAAAUGGGGAUUCAAGAAACGUGGGACAAAACGUCAAUGGGAAACCAUUGCAGAGUCUGUGGUUACUCGUGGGGAUGGAAAAGAAUCCGAGGCCGUUAUCAACGGGGAUUUUUUUGUCUCUUCGAAAAAAGUCAAGAAGGAAAUCGCAAGAAAAUUUUCGUUGACUGAGCUGUCGUCUUCUACUACGCAAGUGAUAUCACCCACCUCGCCGAUUUUAGCGACUGUUGAAGUUCGUAGCCCAAUUGCGAGCCCGCUGUCCUGGCCGAUUUUCACAACAUGGUGCAUCCCAAUGGAGCUUCUGAAUUCUUUGCCAAUCAAAAUAUCCGAUCCAGAAAUCAUCACGAUAUGCAAAUCCGCACUCUCGUACCGUCGGGGCCUCCAACCGGAAGAAAAGGUUAUCAUGGAGUCUCGCGGCCAGUCCUAG